GGUUGGAACACCUUACUCAGCCUGCUGCCACUCCAACCUGACCACAGACAACUAGCAGAAGAUGGAUGGAUGAUGUACAGUUUUAGAUGUGAAUCCACAGAGUUUUAUUCAUCCGGCUCCUGGAACAUAAGUGUGAAACCAGUCUGGAUCACUGGUCAGACUGGAUGUCCACUGUGCUCAGAGACCCGAUCAGACGAAAACUCUUCAGUGCAAGAUGGAAAAAACAAAUGAGACAUAUUCCGGUAAAGCUCCACCUCUUCCUGUAGGCAGAUAUACACUGAGGAGAUCAUCAGAGCAGACAGACAGACACCCGAACAUGGAUCGACUCUUGGUGUUGGUGCUGUUGCUCUGGAGCUCAGGACUCCCGACUGAAGGAGAACAAGACUCAGGAGAAUCGGUCAGGUUGUCGGGAGGAUCCAGUCGCUGUUCUGGGAUACUGGAGGUGAACGUGGGAAGAUGGGAGCGAGUGUAUCAUUCCGGAUGGACCCUGAAGGACGCAGCCAUUGCCUGUAGCGAGCUGGACUGUGGCUUUGCCGUUUCUCUAGAGUGGAGAUACGAGGAGGAGAGGAGAUCUCUGGUGGAGAUCCAGCCGGAGUGUAUUCAGUCUGGAUCUGCUCUGAAGGACUGUGCAAGACAGUUUGAUGAGAGCUACAUAUUUCUGGGACUCAUCUGCUCUGACUCUGUCAGGCUGGUAAAUGGGACGAGUCUGUGCUCAGGCAGACUGGAGGUGAUGUCUCACCAGUCUAACCAGACAUGGUCCUCCGUGUGUGAACAUGACAUUGACCUGCAGGAUGCAGAGGUGGUCUGUAGGAAGCUCGGCUGUGGAGCUCCCUCAGUCCUCCAGGGGGCGCUCUAUGGAGAAGCAAAGGGUCCCAUGUGGACCAAAGAGUUCCAGUGUGGAGGCCGUGAGUCUGAUCUGAUGGACUGUGGAAGCUUAGACUCAGCUAGAAACACCUGCUCACCUGGAAAAGCUGUUGGACUCACCUGCUCAGAACCCAUCAGGUUGGUGGGAGGACCCAGUCGCUGUGCUGGAACGCUGGAGGUGAAACACGAGGGGGACUGGAGACCAGUGUUCCACCAUAAAGACGACUGGUACCUGAGGCGAUCAGCUGCAGUCUGCAGAGACCUGAAAUGUGGUGCUCCUGUUUCUGUGAACAGGAGAACUGAACCCUCAGACAGAUAUUUGUGGAUGAUCGUGUUUAAAUGCAACAUGUUUAGCUCGGGUCUGCGAGAGUGUGCCCAGUCAGUGUACAACUCCUCUGUCCUGGAUCUCACCUGCUCAGACCCGCUCUGGUUGGCGGGAGGAUCCAGUCGCUGUGCAGGAACACUGGAGGUGAAUCAUGAGGAAGACUGGAGACCGGUGAGCGACUCCGACUCUGGAUGGACCCUGAAGGAAGCAGCUGUUGCCUGUAGAGAACUGGACUGUGGUUCUGCUGUUUCUGUAGGUCGGAGAAAUGAGUCCUCUGACCUUCCUGUGUGGAAGAUCAGGUUUGACUGUGUCCAGUCUGGAUCUGUUCUGAAUGAGUGUGUGGAAUCAUCUAAUUCUUCCUCCAUCCUGGACCUUAUCUGCUCAGGCCUGCUGCUUCUGCCCAACAUCUCCGUGUCCUCCUCACUGGACGGGGUCUCAAAGGCACAGCAGCAGGGGUUCCAGGUGUCCAAGGGCUCCACCUUCAACAUCAGCUGCUCUGUCCCGCCACAGUACCUGGGAGGUUCCUUCCAGCUCACCUUCACCUCCUCCAGCACAACACGCAACUACACCCAACUGGCUGUCAAUCACUCUGCCCACUUCCCGUUUCCUGCUGCACAGCGCGCCCAUCAGGGCAUCUACAGCUGUGUUUAUCACGUCCAGGAAUUUUCUCACGACGUUUCCUUUGAGAGCCGUCCACUCGCCAUCACUGUCUCAGAUCCAACAAUUCUCAUCAUCGCAUUGGUCCUCCUGCUGCUGACUCUGCUGUUGGUAUCCACUGCUCUUUAUUUCUACCGGAAGGCCAGCGGGGGGCAGAAGCUUUGCAGCCAGGGGAACACUGCGCUGGACUGUUGUGUCCCUGCAGCUGGAAGUGUUUGUUGUGCCCCUGGUGCUGGAAAAUGUUGCUGUGCUCCUGGUGCUGGAAAAUGUUGCUGUGCUCCUGAUGCUGGACAAUGUCGCUGUGCCCCUGGUGCUGGAAAAUGUAGCUGUGCCCCUGGUGCUGGACAAUGUCGCUGUGCCCCUGGUGCUGGAAAAUGUAGCUGUGCCCCUGGUGCUGGAAAAUGUAGCUGUGCCCCUGGUGCUGGAAAAUGUUGCUGUGCCCCUGGUGCUGGAAAAUGUUGCUCCCCUGGUGCUGGAAAAUGUUGCUGUGCCCCUGGUGCUGGAAAAUGUUGUUGUGCCCCUGGUGCUGGAACUAUUUGUUGUGUACCUGGUGCUGGAAAAUGUUGCUGUGCCCCUGGUGCUGGAAAAUGUUGUUGUGCCCCUGGUGCUGGAACUAUUUGUUGUGUACCUGGUGCUGGAAAAUGUUGCUGUGCCCCUGGUGCUGGAAAAUGUUGCUGUGCCCCUGGUGCUGGAAAAUGUUGCUGUGCCCCUGGUGCUGGAAAAUGUUGUUGCUCCCCUGGUGCUGGAAAAUGUUGUUGCUCCCCUGGUGCUGGAAAAUGUUGUUGCUCCCCUGGUGCUGGAACUAUUUGUUGUGCCCCUGGUGCUGGAAAAUGUUGUUGUGCCCCUGGUGCUGGAACUAUUUGUUGUGCCCCUGGUGCUGGAAAAUGUUGCUGUGCCCCUGGUGCUGGAAAAUGUUGCUGUGCCCCUGGUGCUGGAAAAUGUUGCUGUGCCCCUGGUGCUGGAAAAUGUUGCUGUGCCCCUGGUGCUGGAAGAGUUUGUUGUGUACCUGCACCUGGAAGAAAGCCGAUUGAUGUGGAAGGAGCUUGGGGAGCAGAGUAGAACCUCCAAGCAGUUCAUCUCACAUCCAGAUGGAUUUUUGGCCAGGAGGAGACCGGGGUCACUAUCUAUCACUACUAUCACUGUCAUCUACUGCAAUCAAAUAAAACAAAAUUAA